AUGUUUCGUGGGGUCUGCGUUCUUCUUGGGGCGGCGAAGAAGGUGCACACGGCGGCUGCCGCGGGCGCGGCUGCCAGGGCCGCGGCGGCGGCGACGGCGCCCAACCGUGAGGCACGGCCACUCUACCUGGACUUUCAGGCCACCACGCCGCUGGAUCCACGCGUGCUUGACAGGAUGCUGCCGUACCUCACGGAGCAGUACGGGAAUCCGCACAGUCGGACACACCGUUACGGGUGGACGGCGGAAGCUGCCGUGGAAAAGGCACGCGCGGAGGUGGCCGACCUCAUUGGCGCCAGUCCGAAGGGUGUGUUCUUCACCAGCGGUGCCACAGAGUCGAAUAACAUCGCCAUCAAGGGUGUGGCGUACUACAACAAGGGCAAAAAGAACCACAUAAUCACACUUCAGACGGAGCACAAGUGCGUCUUGGACUCCUGCCGUUACCUGGAGAUGGACGGCUUCGAGGUGACGUAUCUUCCGGUGGAGAAGAACGGUCUUGUUAAUCUGCAAACCCUUGAGAAUGCUAUUCGUCCCACCACCGCCCUCGUCUCCUGCAUGUACGUCCACAACGAGAUUGGGGUAAUACAGCCUAUACGCGCGAUUGGAAAGUUAUGCCAUGAGAAAAAAGUCCUUUUCCAUACCGAUGCCGCUCAAGCCGCGGGCAAAGUACCCAUUGAUGUGGAGCGUGACAAUAUUGAUCUCAUGUCUCUUUCCGCGCACAAAAUUUACGGCCCAAAGGGGUGUGGUGCCCUCUUCAUGCGUCGUCGGCCCCGUGUGCGUGUGCGUUCGCCUGUCAGCGGUGGUGGACAGGAGCGUGGCGUGCGAAGCGGCACCGUGGCGACGGCGCAGGUGGUUGGGAUGGGUGCCGCCUGUGCGAUUGCCAAGGCGGAAAUGAAGCGGGACUCUGAACACAUUUCACGACUUUCAAAGCGUCUGCUGCAAGGCUUGCAAAGUCGUUUGCCGCACAUAACCGUCAAUGGCGACCUGGAGGCGCGAUACCACGGCAACCUUAACAUCAGUUUCGAGUGCGUCGAGGGUGAGAGUCUGUUGAUGGGGAUGAAGAAUGUGGCGGUGUCGAGUGGGAGCGCCUGCACAAGUGCCUCGCUGGAGCCAAGCUACGUCCUCCGGGCGCUUGGUGUUGGGGCAGAAAACGCUCAUACCUCCAUUCGCUUUGGACUCGGCCGUUUCACCACGGAGCGGGAGGUGGACGUGACGAUUGAGGAGUGCGUGCGCAACGUGGAGCGCCUGCGUGAGAUGUCGCCGCUGUGGGACCUGCUGCAGGAGGGCAAGAGCCUCGCGGAUGUGGAGUGGCGGUAG